UAAUACCAUUAUGUUCACCAAUCAAUGCAAAAAGUGAUAUCCAGAUUAAACACAUCUCAAAUAUUAAUACAAGAUUUCCAUUAGGAUCUUGAUUCAAUAUUUGUAUAGAAAUUGCAAAUUAAGAAGCAAUCAUUAGUUGAGUUUGGAAUAUAAUUGCAACAGAUUCCCUUUUUUAUGUAAAUCUACGAUGUAAAUUGUGUAAAUGAUAUUUAGGAUUAUGAAGUAAAUGUGCAUCGCCUAUUGGAAACCGAGCUUGAUUUCAUGUUGAGUAAUCGCACCUACUUCAGAUAAAAAGAGAUUGAAUUGAUUCACAAAAACAUGAACAUUUCGCAUGAAGUCUUUGAUUUAUACAUCAUGGUAGGAUAUUAACUAUAUUAUUAAAGAGAUUAUAAGAUACCCUCUAUGGAGUGCCAACGAAAGCCAUAAUAAACAGAAUAAACUAAUAUCGAAUGUGGGUUGUUAAUGAAAAAAUAAAAACGAAUGAAAUUUAUUGA